AUGCUUUUUACUGGCAUUACAAAUUCCAUUUAUGUUAUCCUUCUUUUUCUAUUUUCGAGAUUUGUUUCUUCUGCAAUCUUAACGGAUAAGAAUGAAAAAUGGAACUUGAAUCGAAACCGAACAGCAACAACUAUUCUGGAUUUCUACUCUGAAUGGACUGAUCAUGAAUAUUUCCCUUCUCCCUCAAAUUGGCGGGCUCUUCCUUUCUACACCGUAAUCUUAGACAAGUGGACGAAUGGGCUUCCCGAAAAUGAUGCUAUUGAGGGAACUGUUUUUGAACAUGAUCCUUAUGAAGUAACUUUCCGUGCCGGUGGUGAUAUCGCUGGCCUUGCGACGCCUCGUUCACUUGAUUACUUAGAGGGAAUGGGUAUUAAAGCUAUAUAUGUAGCAGGUACACCAUUCGAAAACUUGCCAUGGACUCCCGAUGGUUAUUCGCCGCUCGAUUUCACUCUCUUAGACAAGCAUACAGGGACUCUACAAGAAUGGCAUGAUUCGAUUAUGAAACUACAUGAACGAGGGUUUUAUAUUGUUCUAGAUUUAACUGUUUCAACCUUAUCGGAAUUGAGUUUCUUUAGCAAUAUCAGUGAUUCGUUUGCUAAUACUUCGGCUCCUUUUAGUACAAAUGGUUAUACUAUGAAAUAUAAAAAUACUCAACACUUUUACUCCGAUUUUCAAUUAUCUAAUGGAACUGAGUAUCCUUGCGCAGGACCUGCGUUUUGGGACAUUACUGGCUUACCUAUAAACAACACUGCAGACAAAGAAUUAAUUGAGCAAAUUACUUGUAUUCAGGGUGAUUUCGAUCAUUACGGUGAUGUUGAAGCUUUUGGUAAUCAUCCUCCAUGGUGGCGCCAACUGUCAAACUUCGCUUCAGUACAAGACCGUCUAAGAGACUGGGAUCCUAUUGUUGCCAAAAAGUUGAAACAUGUUGCGUGUCUUGCAGUUAAAAUGCUUGACGUCGAUGGAAUUCGUAUUGAUAAAGCAACUCAGAUUACUGCCGACUUUUUGGGAAGCUGGAGCUCUUCUGUUCGUAAAUGCGCUCGGGAAGUAGGGAAAGACAACUUCUUUAUUCCUGGAGAAGUUACAAGUGGUGCUGACUUUGGUUCUAUAUACAUUGGUCGUGGUCGACAGGCUGAUCAGCGCCCUGAAAACGACGUGGCUGCUCUAAAAGUUGGCUACAAUGAGACCGAAUUUUUCCUGAGAAAGGAAGGUGAUUCUGCUUUGGAUUCUGUCUCCUUCCACUAUUCGAUUUAUCGUGCUAUAACUUUGCUACUAGGACUCCAAGGUAAACUAUUCGCAACGUAUGAUCUAAACCGUCAUGAUUUUGCAUACAUGUGGAGGCAAAUGCUUAUUCAAGACGACUUGAUUAAUGCCAAUACUGGAAAGCUUGAUCCAAGACAUCUUUACGGUGUCACCAACCAGGAUAUUUUCAGAUGGCCUUCGACUAAAGAUGGAGAAUACAAACAACUACUGGGAUUUUUUAUCACUCAUUUAUUGAUGCCUGGAAUUCCGUUGGUUUACUAUGGUGAAGAACAAAAUUUGAAGUUACUUGACAACCAGGCUGCCAACUAUGUCUUUGGAAGACAGCCUAUAACUUCUUCGAUUGGUUGGCAGAAGCACGGAUGUUACCAAAUUGGAAACACGCAGUAUUCGGAGCUAGAUUUCUCGCCCGCCAGCGCAGCUUGUCAUGAUGACUGGAAUAGUUUCGAUCAUUUAGAUCCAAGCUCCCAUACCAGAAAUUACAUUUCAAGAAUGAACGAAAUCAGAAGUCAUUAUCCACAAAUUCGAGAUGGUUGGGAUCUUGUAGCAUUAGGAAGAUGGACAGAGGAUGGUGUAUUCCCUGGUAAUGAGAUGUAUGCUGAAGCCACUCCAACAAUGUGGGGUUUGUGGUCUUUUUCUCGUGGACCAUUGCGACCUUUUCAAAACUUUGGAAAUCAAAGUGAUUAUACGUGGCUCCUCUUUUCCAAUCGAAACACAUCCAAGACGUUCGAAUUCAAUUGCUCAGAAAAGGCAGAGUAUAAAUUUCCUCCCUAUUAUGCCCCCUUAGGACCUUUUAAGAAUGGUACUACCAUCAAGAAUUUACUUUAUCCAUACGAGGAAAUAACUCUGUCAGCUUCCACUUUAGAUUCACCGGAGUUUGGAAACAUCGGCUGCAUUCCUCGACUUGAAAUAGAUGCCUACGGUUCAAAAGUAUUUGUUAAAAAGGAAAAUUGGCUAAAGCCGUCUUUGUAUUUAACCGAUUUCUUGCCUGGGCAUGACCACCGCGUAUAUACGUCGUCUAAACUGACGUCGAUAAACAUCAGCUUGGGCUUUUCAGAGGCUGUUGAUUGUCAUUCUUUGGCAAAGAAGAUUACCAUCAAUACUCAUACACUCGGAAAUUAUUCAACACCGAAAAUAGAAGAAUCGAGCAUCUCCUGUGCUCUUCUCGAAAAGCCUGCUACUCAAAUUUUUACCAAUGCACCUGCUACGCGAUGGUACUUUAAUGCGACUUUGGAAGAAGUUCCGCAUGGACUACAUGAGCUAGUAUUAGAGGACAUAAAAAGUACUUCUAAUCGGACUAUGGCUGCUCAACGCGCCAGACUAUUAUUGCGGGUCGGUAAUGGAGAAAAUCCAAUGGUUUAUCCAAGCAACGCUACCUUUAGCAAAGAAUUGUUACAUAUAGAUGAUGGAGAUAUAUAUGUAAACCAUACUGGUAUAGGAGCUGAUAAGUAUCGUUAUUCGCUGAAUUUUGGAAGCACUUUUUCUCCUUGGAAACAAUUAACAUCUGCUUCCGAAAAGCUUAAUAAACAACAUUGGAACGGAAGUCAUGUUCAAGGGUGGGAUGGAGAGCAUGUGAUUGUUCAGUACUGGUCUAGUUUAGCUAUGUCUACGGCUCAUAUUCAGCACGGAGAUUCGUUAGGUCUUCCUAGACAAUUUCCUCAUUUGUUUGUACAGGGUGCAUUCAAUCGAUUCGGUUAUGAUGGAUCAAUCCCUAGCAAAAUGCGCUAUAACCCCGAUAACAGAACUUGGACUUAUGAGCUAAUUUCCACCUGGCCAGCUCAAGUUGUACUGAACGUUUGGGGAAUGAAUCCAGACAACAACGCAGAUGAAGGAUGGAUCUAUGGUGAUUUGGAUAACGAUACAAUUAUCGAUAGAGUUCCUCCCGGUACUAGCAGAAUAUCCAACUUUAUUCGGUUCCUCGAUCCUCCCCCAAAACCAUAUCUAUCGUAUAAAAUGUACGUCAAUGAUUUUACUCGGCAAUUACAUUAUGUACCUAAAGGUUCAUGGUCCGUUCAAAUCAUUUGUGUUUCACUGUUAAUAUUUCUUCCUCCUACUGCGGCUACUUUGUCUGUACUUCUGUAUGGUGGAGCUUUUUCCCGAGUUACCAUCUUUAACGGAAGUAAGAGUAAAGGAUGGAAGGGUUUCAAACAAAGGUUUAGAAAUGCUUGCUCUAAGUUAUUUCCUUUUGGUAUCUCUCUACCCAUCGAUAACAAUUCGGAAUUAAUGAAGCAACUACCGCCAUCCUCGAAGAAACGUAAUGUACUGGUAGCUACAUUAGAAUAUGACAUCCCUGAAUUGGGCCUGCGCGUCAAAAUAGGUGGUUUAGGUGUCAUGGCUCAACUAAUGUCUCAGCACUUAGAGAUCCAAGACAUGGUUUGGGUAAUUCCUAUAAUCAGUGGGCUUGAGUAUCCAUUCGAGCAAUUCUCUACUGAGCCCAAGAUUGAAGUCAAAAUUCAUGAUGUGGAUUUCGUUGUCAAUUGCUACUCUUACAAGAUGAAUAACAUCACUUAUAUUUUUGUACAAUCCGAAGUUUUCUACAUGCAAUCGACGAAGGAGCCUUACCCUUCGAAGAUGGAUGACUUAAACUCGGCAAUGUUUUAUUCAACUUGGAAUCAGUGCAUAGCUGAAGUAUGGCGCCGUUAUCCUUUAGACAUCUAUCAUGCGAAUGACUAUCAUGGUGCUUUGGCUCCCCUUUAUCUAUUACCCGAAGUCAUCCCGGUAGCAGUUUCUCUCCACAAUGCCGAAUUCCAAGGUCUCUGGCCAUUACGAAAAGCAGAAGAAGUUGAUUGCGUUUGCUCGAUUUUCAAUAUUUCUAGAGAGGUCUGCGCUGAGUAUGUUCAGUUUGGACAUGUUUUUAAUUUGCUCCAUUCCAUAAUCUCUUAUGUUAGAAAGCAUCAAGGUGGUUACGGUGUAGUAGCUGUAUCUGAUAAGUACAGCAAGCAGUCAUUAACAAGAUAUCCUAUUUUUUGGAGUUUGGUUCACAUAAGUGGAUUACCCAACCCUGAUCCAAGUGACUUAAAUAUGAUCAGUAAUUUGGAUGAACGUAACGAUGUCGAUUUCGUUCUGGAAGCCAAACGAAAACUGUUAAAAAGACAAACUCAAGAAUGGGCUGGAUUAGACGUGGAUCCUUCUGCUCAAUUGUUGGUUUUUGUGGGACGUUGGUCACAACAGAAAGGAAUUGAUUUGAUUGCUGACUUAGCUCCAAAACUUUUAGCUGAAUACAAUGUUCAGAUUAUUACAAUUGGACCUGUGAUCGAUUUACAUGGUCAAUUUGCUGCUGAAAAACUUCAGUAUGUUGCGAGCUGUUAUCCAAAUAGAGUUUUCAGCCGGCCCGUUUUUACCGCUGUUCCUCCAUUCCUUUUCGCUGGUGCAGACUUUGCUCUAAUCCCUUCCAGAGAUGAACCGUUUGGCUUGGUAGCAGUCGAAUUCGGAAGAAAGGGUGUUCUCUGCAUUGGAUCACGGACAGGAGGUUUAGGUUAUAUGCCCGGUUGGUGGUUCCAAAUGGCUUCUCCAAAUACAGGACAUUUACUAGCUCAGUUUGAAAAUGCUAUAUCAAAAGCUUUACAAAGCCCAGCGGAAAUGAGAGCAAGGCUUAGAGCUGAGGCUUUACGCCAACGUUUUCCUGUGUGUGUUUGGAAACAGAAGACUGAUGAUUUACUGAAAGCUUGUAUAUACGUGCAUGAGAUCGAAGAAAUCAAGAAGUCUAGUUUCCUUUACAAAGGUUAUCAAUACUUGAAGUCUGCUGGUGAUCAAGUUACGUCCAAGUUUUCUCGUAAUGCUUUGCUCCGUCGUGAAGAAUCUGCUGAGCCUGCAUUAAACGAUAAUUCACCAAUACGCAAUGAAGUAAAUGCUGUACUAAAUGAACCAUACAUAUCGGAAUCUUCUCCAAAGGCAAAAGAAGAAACUGAAGAAGUGGAAUUCUAUUCUAUUGGUGACGUCCUUAAUAGCUCCCAAUCAGCUAGUCCUUAUUCAUCGGAGGAGUCGGUUGUUGAGCAGAAUGACAGAAGUUUUGACAAUUUCGCUCGUGAUUUGCAAACCCACAAUUAUGCCAAUACACGAGAAGUUUUUGAUAUUCAAGAAACGUCAGAAGCUACAGAAGAAGACACUAUAAGAGACCAUGUGAUUCCAGUUAAUGAUUCGUCUGUCGAUUUUGAGAAUUUGAAUGCCGAUAAAUAUAAUGCCAUCGUGGAAUCUAAGCCUGUCGUUUUCCAUGGGUCUGUUACGUUUACCGAUGAAGAUGGAAACACCAGAAGACUAUUUUUAUCCAAACUUGAUGAUCUGACCAGUAACAAUACUAUGAAGUCUUUGUCCAUUGAUCAUUUCAUUCGAAAGCAUGAACGGAAGUAUUUCUCUGGGCUUAGAAAACAAGAAACUGAUGUGAGAUUGAAUUUCUUUUCUGAAAAGGAUAAGGAAAAAGCAUGUUCGAUUACUGAAACCGUCAAACCGCUUGAGACGGAGACGGUUGAGAACAAUGCUAUACAAAAGAUUAUGCUUCAUAAUAUUGGUAGCUGGCCUUUAUACACAAUUAUACUCGCUAUAGGACAAAUUCUUGGUGCAUCUUCUUAUCAAUUAACUUUGUUAUCUGGAGAAUCAGCACAGUCGACAAAUUCUAUGUAUAUAUUGCUCGCUCUUUUCUCAGCAUUUUCUUUAUUCUGGUGGUUCUUAUCAAGAUUUGUACAAGGAAGAUACAUACUUAGUUUACCGUUCCUUUGCUUUGGCCUUUCAUUUUUCUUGGUUUCGAUAACACAUUUCUUUCAAAAGACUAAUGCUUGUUCAAUACUUCAACACAUUGCUGCCUACGUAUACGCAAUUUCCAGCUCAACCGGUUCCUUAUAUUUUGCAUGGAAUUUCGGUGCUGAAGGUGGGAUUGCCACGCAUCAUUGGAUUGUAAGAGCUUGUUUGGUACAUGGUGUACAGCAAAUUUGGUCUGCAAUUCUGUGGGCAUGGGGAGAUUUAAUUUCCAAAAAAGAUACUGGACAAAAGGUGGGACCAGGAAUUUUUGCAGGUGGAUUGGUUGCAUCGGUGGCUUGUUUCUGUUUAGCAUACGUAACAUUUGUCGGUCUUCCUACAUACUAUAGACAGAGUCCUUCUAUCAUUCCUGCGUUUUAUCGCUCUCUCUCUAAACGUUCUAUAGUACUUUGGUUUUUUAUUGCCCAGAUUCUGAGUAACUAUUGGUUAGCAGUUCCUUAUGGACAGGCUUGGCGAUUCUUUUGGAACACUAGUCACACGCCUUUUUGGGGCAUCGUUGUUUUGUUGUUGAUAUUUUUCAUUGCUGUAUGGAUAAUAGUCCUUUACGGGAUAAAGUUCUUAUCGUUGAACAAUGUUUGGUUUCCUGUUAUUUUUGGAUUGGGCUUAUUAUGUCCAAGAUGGUGCUUAGAAUUUUGGUCUUCUUCCGGAUUAGGCUUGAAUCUGCCGUGGGCGGGUCGGAUAGCUCCGGUGCUCACAAAGUUGAUUUGGCUAUAUCUAGCGCUUUGGGAUGGCAUUCAAGGAAUUGGUAUUGGUGUUAUGUUACUGCAAACGUUAGCGCGUGAUCACGUGGCAUUCACUUUAAUGCUUUCUCAGGUUGUCAGUUCUUUAACAAUCAUGGUAGCCAAACCUACUAUACCUGUGAGUGAUAAAGUAUUUCCCAAUUUGGGCGCUUGGAAUCCGUCGGAAGGUCCUGGUCCUUGUUCUUCACCUUGCUUUUACAUUGCACUGAUCUGUCAAAUAAUCGCGAUUGGAGGUCUCUUUUACUACUAUCGGAAGAGUCAGCUUGCUCUCUAA